GUUACAGAAACACUAACUUGGAAAAACUAUGGAAUAAUUAUUUUAGAAAAACGCAUCUGAAGACGCAAAUAAGUACUGUGCGCCGGAUGUGACGUAGAGAGCACGUUUACGCAUCUGCCAGUGUUUUUAAAAAGCGGCGGUUUGAGUCUCCAUGAGAUUUUGAUGAAUUUGAAGCAUCACUUUCUGUGUCGGAGUAUUUUAGAUAUCAGCUGAACAUUUCUGGGGUUUCGCUGUGAGGUUGUGAGCGUACUUACUGCGUAGAGAGCAUGCAGCCUCAGCAGCUUUCUAGGGAGCCAGGGCCUCUUGGUAGACUCUCUACUGGACAAAAUAAGCUUGAGGGGAAGACUUUUUACCUGGACAAUGUUAAGAAACGCUCAACAUCCCUGCUUUUGGAGGUCAUAUCAUUUUUUGGGGGGAAGGUAGAAAGUUUCCUCCACAAGGACGUGACUUUUGUUGUAACUGGCAGCCAAAAUGGCCUGAAGGAGAAGAGUGUGGGUACCAAAGAAGAGGCUAAAGAGACGAGUGAUGAAACACAACAUCUGAAUAAACAAGAGAGUGGCCUCAGAAAUAUUAAGCCGGGAGCUUCUAGAGCAAUGGUUUGUGGGAGUCGGGGAAAGGCUCUGCUUGAAAAAGCUAUUUGCAACAAUGAGCGUCUGCAAGGGAACGACGUUUUGUCCAACGCUCGAUCGUGGGGAGUGAGGAUCCUGUAUGCUGAUGAUGCCCUCUUAUACCUGAAACAGCUAACUCGAGAGAGUCUAAAUGCCAUACACAAGAGGACAGAGAAAACCUCCACGAAACAAGGUUCUCCUGCGGUGAAAGCUGCUGCUUUGAGGUCUCCCUUUCUGAAAAUUGAAGACUUGAGUUGGAAAUACAAGCCUUUGCAUAUGCAGUCAAUGACCUUUCAUACCCUGUACUACGAGGGACGAUUCAGUCCCUUUGAAUCUCCUCCACCCCCGCUGUUUGAAAAACAGAUGGGGGAAAGAGACAACAAAUCCAGGACAUCGCCAUGGCGGCCGCGCAAAAAGCACCUGGCUUACUGUGAAUGCUGUCGGGAGGCCUUCACCAAUCUGGAGGAGCACUUGCAGUCUGACCAGCACCGCUCGUUUGUGCUGGAUUCCUCCAACUACAGAGCAGUGGAUCAGCUUAUGUCUGAAAUGCUUCCAGGAUUUAGCCCAAACCCACGUCGACAAUCAGAAGACGCACUGAGCAGACUAUCGUCUCCUCUCUCGAUCCAUGAUGUGUGUGAACUGGAGCCUCUGACUGAUGUCGAGACGGAGCAUGCUGUUCAGGCUCUGCAGACGCAGUUUUCAGUAAUUCAAACUCCCGUUCCCGGCCAGACUUCAGGCCCCCGAUUAGCUGGCACAGCCAGUCCAUCGCCAGCUUUUGCCAUCCCAAAUCCAGCUGCUCUUCCUCCUGGCACUCCGGCUUCCCGCGCUGAGGCGGACUGCCGCUUCUCUAAUGUCCAGCCUGACUCUCCACGUCCAGCCACGCCUGUCUUAACUCUUAAACCGCAACCUGAGAGUGAGCCGGAAUAUCUGGCAGACAGGGUCUCCCCCUGCCCCAGUUGGCUUCUCCCGGACCCUUACUCCCUGCCUCCGGUUCUCAGCCCACAAGUCCCAUAUUCCUUCUACAAUACAGAUCCCUGCUCAGAGCCCCCUACCCUCAGUCCUCAGAAGUACACUAAUGAGGAGACUUUAGAAGGACAAAUGAAUGAAAUGAGCCUCACAAAGUGUGUGUCUACAUUUCCUUCUUGUUCGGCUCCAUUUAGAUCUGUGCCUGAGAGCAAUGCGGAGGGAGAGAGGGGACCAAACUCGAGGAGUCUGGAUGGAUUCAGUGGACUCGUAUGUUCUAUCAGAGGUUUGAAGAGUGCAGCUCUGACACUGGGGAGAUCUUGUUCACUACCUCAUCAAUCAGCCGUCAAAUCUAAUCCCAAAAAGCGCUGUCGAUCUGCAAGUCCCGAGCACAGACACCGUAAAAGGCGGAGGACUUUAUCAUUUGGGCACAUUGAGCACAAGCUGAACGAAACAAACCGUCCCAGUGAGAGCCGGGAAACGGUUCAGAGCCGUGUAUUUACCAAGGAUCCUUGUCCUGACCUGAAUGCACCACGUCCUUCGAUUGUUCUGGGGCAUUUGGUCAGGUGGGCCGGGUUGCUGACCCGCCGCCAUGUCAGCUCGCCUCCAAAGCAGCAGGCUUGGACCCUCCUCUUAACAUCAGCACACCUCACUGUGAUUUCCAGUCAGGACUCCCAGCGUUCCCUCUCCCACUCCACGUCCAUCUGCAUCGAGCCCGCCCUCAUCCCAGACCUGGCCAAGCUCUCCCCGUCCUUGUCCAACUCGGACUGGGACUGCGACCUGUCCCGCCUGGGUCUGACCACCUCUGCUCCUCCGGCGCCCGCCGAGUCAAACUGCGAGCUGGACAAAGAGCUGCUGCACAGGCGGUGUCCCUGGAUGCACGACACCAGCUACGAGUCGCACCUCCACACCGUCCUCCCGCCCGCCACCCCGCCAGCCUCCCUGUGCAGGGAGGACACGGAAGCCUUUUCCUGGACUGUAGUACAGAUUGUUGAGGUUCCGUUGUGA